AUGAACAAUAGCGAACUUCUUGAUGAAGAGAGGUGCGAUCAUGAUAAUCGAAUACAAGAUUCCCCAUCUCUGCUUGACGAUUCAAAAGCAACCUUACAAAUCUCUCAACCCAACUUAAAUGAUCACCACGAUGCCAUAUUAUCUUCUGAAAUGCCUCCUGUUGCAUCACGCAACGCAACACUUUCGCCUGCCAUUCCACAGCUCGACCUAGAUUUCGAAAACCUAGAUUCCACAAUUAACGAUAUCUCUCAUAUUGAUUUGCAUAAUGUAACACCACCAGCUGUAAAUGAAACCGAGUCCAAUGUCAAUUAUUACAAUCCUAUUCCCUCAACAUCUGGAAUAUCUUCAGUCAAAACCCAUAUUGAAAAUAUUGAAAAAGUUACUGUGAAGGAUCUUCUUCCUUUGCCAAAAAAAUCCGAACAGAAAAAUAUAAAAGCGAUGCGGAAACAACAUGCUACGGUAAUAACAGGAACUCCGAAUAAAAUAGUUUUAUUUGAGAAAGAGCAAAAAAAGUUAGCAAAAUUAGCAAAAGCUCAGAUAAAAGUUGAAAAAAAAGAAAAAUAA